AUGCAUGUCUUCCAUCGAAUUUGGUCUCCACUAUUUGAUUUUAAACACUCCAAACGAAAUUAUUGGACAACUUUAAUCGAUAUUUGCAUUUCAUUUCUGUCGAGUGCUAGAACUUUACACAAUCUUAUCAUGUCUAAGGAUAAUAAAAAAACAGACAAACCCAACUAUGCAUCAACCAACAAAAACUUAUCAAAACCAAAAGGACGUUCGUUUUGUUGUUCAAUGUUUAUCUACACUUUUGUCUUCGUAUCUGGUGUAGUUGUUGCGACUAUCUUACCAGAUUUAGCUGGUCAUCAUUUCAAACAGCCCUAUGGCAAAGAAUAUGGUGUUAUGGCUGAACGAGUCUUUCAAGAUUUACCGAAGUAUUUGAAAACUUUCAAAGAAACUGCUUUGUUCGUCAGCCGAGAAGUAGCCGAUCGUGUUUGGGAUUUGAAAAGUGAACUCGAACGACGAUUUGCCGAUAUGAGUAGCAAAAAGGAUGAUAAACCUAAAACAAAAUCUUCCACCCAACGUUCAACUACCCGAAACCAUGAUCAUGUUCAUUCAUCAAAUGCCGAUCGACAUGCCAAAAACAACGAUUUUUGA